AUGGUUUCCGACUUCAGGAAGAAGAAGCUGCUUCAUGUAUUUACUUCGUUCUUUGAUAGGAACGGGAGCGGAUCGAUUGAUAAGAAAGACUUCGAAUUAGCUGUUGAGAAUAUUUCUAAGUUGCGUGGUUGGGCACCAGGAGAUGCUAAGUACAAGGAAACGCAGAAUACGCUGAUGAAGAUAUGGGACGCAUUACAGGGUAGAGCUGAUAACGAUAAUGAUGGCGAGAUAUCCGUGGACGAGUGGGUCUCCAUGUGGGAUGACUAUGCGAAGAACCCGAACGCGUCUCUCGAAUGGCAGAACCUGUACUGCAAGUUUAUCUUUAACUUGGAAGAUGCUAGUGGCGAUGGAGCGAUCGAUGGAGAGGAAUUUUCUUCGGUGUACGCUUCUUUUGGUUUAAAUAAGGACGAUGCGCUAGCCGCUUUCAGGAAAAUGUCGAAGGGAAAAGCCAACGUAUCCUGGUCCGAGUUUCAAGAUUUGUGGAAGGAGUACUUCACAACAGAAGAUGCGAAUGCGGCUGGUAAUUUUAUCUUCGGGAAAACGAGCUUCUAA